CAAAGCUUGCUAGCUCCCAGCUUGGUUUUAUGCGAAGGUAACUAAGAAGGAGAACAAGGAAACGACACUUGGAGCUUUCUAUGUUUGGUUUUGCUUUCUUUGAUGUUUACUCUUAAACUUUCGCUGUCGGAGUUCUUGAAUCAAGUAAAAUAACCACCACACCUCUCUAGUUAGAUAGCUAGCUCAAGUUCCUUUUGAAUUCUCAAAUGUUCUACAUAGUCUCCAUGAUCGACUAGAGCUUUUUGCGGGGUAAAGCAGAAACUUAAGUACGUGCAUCAUAUAUAUAUACUAUCAAUCGAGGUCGUUCACAACCUCAGAAAGCUUAAGAUGAUUGAACGACAUGGUUUCCAGAAGCUAUCGAAGAUUUCUUCUUCAAAGGCUUUGGUCAUCCGAGUCAACCUGGUUUUCCUUGCUCUCUUUUUUGUUGUUUACGCUGGUCUUCUUCUCCAGCCAGCUGCCACUGUCUAUUAUCAGAACGCAGCAGUAUCUCUGAUUAAGUGCUCAUUUAGAGACUGCAAUCAGAAGGGUAAGGUGGUGGAUGAUGGCAUUAAGAUGAUGAAGCAGGUAGUGAAGGAGACAAAAGAAGACUACAUAGGUGCCACACAGCAUGAAGGGUUGAAUGCGAGUACUAAAUUGGAGCUGCCGAGCUUUUUGGAAGGAAGAAUAAAGAAGGGGAUUAGGAUUGGGACGGUGAAUAUGGAAGAGAAUGAUGUCAGCGAGUGGAAGAGGUUUGGAAAGGUCAUACCGGUUUAUUUCAACCGAGUUUCAGAGUUAUUCAAAUGGGAGGAUUUAUUUCCUGAGUGGAUUGAUGAAGAGGAGGAGACUGAUGUGCCAUUUUGCCCGGAGUUACCAAUGCCGGAGUAUAGAAUCUACGAUAGGAUGAACCUCGUGGUAGCCAAGUUGCCGUGCAAGUACCCGGAGGAGGGGUGGAAUAGGGAGGUGUUUAGGCUGCAAGUCCAUCUCAUAGCGGCGCAUCUGGCUGUGAAGAGAGGAGUCAAAGACAAGAAUUUGAAGUUAAAGGUGUUGUUGUGGAGCAAAUGUAGGCCAAUGCUUGAGAUUUUUAGGUGCAGUGACUUGGUGAAACAAGAGGGAGAUUGGUGGUUGUUUGAGGCAGAUAUGGCGAAGUUGAAGCAAAAGGUGUCAUUGCCUGUUGGCUCUUGCAAUCUGGCUUUGCCUCUAUGGGGACAAGGAAUCGACGAAGUGUAUGACCUGUCCAAGAUCCAAGGCGCGACAAAGAAUGCAGGCAAAGAAGCCUACGUCACCGUCCUCCACACGACGGGCUCCUACGUCUGCGGCGCCAUAACCUUAGCGCAGAGCCUCCUACAAACCGGCACAAAGCGCGACCUCGUCCUCCUCCUCGACGACUCCAUCUCCGCCACCAAACGCGACGCCCUCUCUGCCGCCGGCUGGAAGCUCCGGUUCAUAAAGCGCAUCCGAAACCCCAAAGCGCAGAAAGACACCUACAACGAGUACAACUACAGCAAGUUCCGUCUCUGGCAGCUCACGGACUACGACAAGGUCAUCUUCAUCGACGCCGACAUCGUUGUACUCCGAAACCUUGAUCUCCUCUUCCACUUCCCUCAGAUGUCGGCCACCGGCAACGACGUCCACCUCUUCAACUCUGGCGUCAUGAUCAUUGAGCCCUCCAACUGCACCUUCCAACACCUAAUGGACCACCGUGACGACAUCGUUUCGUACAACGGCGGCGACCAGGGCUUCCUCAACGAGAUCUUCGUGUGGUGGCACCGGCUCCCCAGGAGGGUCAACUACCUGAAGAAUUUCUGGGCUAACACUACGCUAGAGCAGAGAAAGAAAGACGGGCUGUUCGCGGCGGACCCACCGAAGCUGUACGCGAUACAUUACUUGGGGUUGAAGCCAUGGCUGUGUUACAGGGACUACGACUGUAACUGGGAUAUACAGAACCAGUUCGUGUACGCGAGUGACGCGGCACACCGGAAGUGGUGGGAGAUCCACGAUAAGUUGGAGGAGAAGUUGCAGAGGUUUUGUCUGUUGACGAAGCAGAGAAGAACUAACGUGAACUGGGAGAGGAGGAAAGCGAGAAUAUUGAACUUUCCUAAUGGACACUGGAAAAUCAAUAUUACAGAUCCUAGACGAAAACACACUGUGGAAGAGGAUUAGGUUUUCUUGUUCCACUUUAAAUAUUUUGUUGAUAGAAUCCAGUAUUUUCAUAUUGCCCCAGGUUCAUAUCAUAUGUGGGAUGUUUUUUUAGGGUAAUUAAUUAUCUGCGUGAUAGAUUUUACAUAAGUGAGAAAGACGCCCUCUUGCA